CUCCCCCGCCCCUGGCGUUCUCUCCCUCCCCUCUUUCUCUUCCCCCUCCCCUUUCCCAGCCUCCCCUCUUCUCCUGCGGGGCCGCCUGUGCUAGAUCUCCACGCCCCUGCCGUCUUUGCCCCUCCUCCCCCUGCUACUGUCUGCCUUUUUUUUUCUCUCCCGCCGCAUGGCCCUGUCUGCGCCUUCCCUGCCAUGCAUUUCCCUCCGGACCCCGGGCGAAGCGCCGCCCGGGCCGGGCGCCGUCUACUGCUCCUGCUCUUCUCCAUGCUGGCUCUUUUGCUGAUGGUCGGCUCGGCAUUUGCCUCCUCCACCGGCAUCGGCCGUGGGGACUCCUCCGAUAGCCCCUUCCUGAAGGCACCGCUGGUUCCCACGUCCGACUAUGACGAGUCAAUCUUGGCCCUUGGUGAUCGAACGUCCCUGUCGGCCGGCCUUCGGCCAUGGGUCUGGCUGGCGGCCAUCCUCCGGUCACCCACGCGCUUGCGCAUCCCGGACAACACCUUCGUUGUGCCAUCUUAUUAUGAGCCGCUUUUCCCGGUGUCCGCCGCCGCCGCCGCCGCCGCCCCCACGGCCGACAGCAGCCAGGAUCCCGGAGCACCUCUCUUCACAAUUGGCGAGUUUGCCGCAGACAACGUCGUCCUCCUGAUUAUUCUCUCCAUCGCCGCGCUGCUGGCGCUCUUCUUCCUGAUCCUGGCCAUUGUCUUCUUCCCCUGUCGGUCGUUGGCCUGCUGCGGCGGAGCCGACCGCGCGCAGAAGCCCUACUCCCGGUCGGACCGGAUCUUCUCGCUAGUCAUCCUGGCCAUUGGGUCCGGUCUGAUCGCGGUCUUUGCGGGGCUCGGCAUCGCCUCCAACACCUUCACUGCCGAGGCCAUGGGCUCCUCGCUGCACCUGUCGGCCGGUGUGUAUGACCAUCUGGAUGCCUACCUGCCAGUGCUCAAUGCAACGGUCGAGCAUACUCCGAUCAGCUUCGGCCAGCUGGCCAGCAGCGCCUUCACCGUGGCCUAUGACCCGAUCGAGACGUUUGCCGGGCAGGAGGGUCUUCUGUGGAUCCAAUCGCGCGAGGUGGCCGCCGCAACGGCCAACUUCGAUGCCCAAGCUGACCAGGUCAUCGAUCAGGCCGCCAACUUCGACAACGCCGCCAACGACUUUCAGGAUGUCUUCAAUCGGUUCCUCGAUGAUGCGGCCCAGCUGGACGAUGUUCAGCGUUUGAACGCUGCUCUGGUUGAUGCCUAUCGGGCUCCCGGGCCCGGGCGCCCAUGGGCUCUGCGUGGCGGAGAUGCCGCCUGCGACUUGCUCGGGGUCUCCGGCACGGCACUCUCCACCGAGGAGGCUGUUUUCGCGGGGUCCGACGAAAUCGAGGAUAUCCUGAUUGAUGCCAUUGGCAACAACAACAUCGAGGAGGCCUCGAGUGAUUUGACCUCCGCGAUAGACAGCAAUCUCGGGGAUUUCGCCGGCCGCAUUCAAUCUUACGGUGACCUCGUCCGAGACAGCGUCACCAGCAUGCAGGAGGAAAUGGCCGGGUCCUAUCAGACCUUCCACCUGAAUGCGGCCCUUCCGACAGCGAACACAAUCCAUUCCACCACCGACCUCCUUAUGCAGGCCAAGGACACGUACAUCGAUCCGUAUGAGCCAUACAGAUCGAGCAUUGUCCUUGCUGUCUUCAUUGUUCCCUGUGUGUUGAUCCUCCUGGUCCUGGCGACGAUCUCCCUGCGCUUCACCCUGGCAUCCAAGGUGGCAGUUAUUCUGUCCUUCAUCUUCGCGGCUUUCACCUGGGCCGCCUUCGGGCUGCAUUUCGUCCUGGCCCUCGGCGCGUCUGAGGCGUGCGAUGUUGUCGACUCGGGCGAGAUCUCCCCCAUUUUCAGCGAUGUCGUCGGCAUCAAUCCUGACACCUUCACCGAGCUGGUGCACACAUUCGAGUCCUGCCGGCAGCCCGGGGAUGCGACCCUCCUGCGGGCCUUGAGCCUGGAGCAUCUGGCCGAUUUCUCCGCGCCCCUUGGCGCCACCCUGGCAACGGUGGACACCUUCGGCCCGGAUGUCCAGCGGUAUGUCGACCUGUCGGCCACCACCCUGGCCCUGAGCCGGCUGGAGACUUCCGCCGGCCCGGUGUUGGAUGCUCUUCAGUCGACGGAGACCUCUCAGUCGCCGCUGGCCCGGCGCGAGGCGGUGGUGGGCCGGUACCGCGGGCAGGUGCACCGACUCCGCGAUCAACUGGCCGCUUCGCGGACCCUCCUGGGAUUGCUGCAGGCCGGGCCUGGCAGCGGCACCUUUGACCGAUGUGUCAUUCUGGCCGACUCCACCCCGGAUGCCGGGGCCGCGGCUCAGAUCGAGCUGGAGAGCCUGCUCCAGCGAGCGGACGCCCUGACCAUGCGCUUCGAAGCCGACGUCCUUGGUCCGAACAGUGAUCCUCGGCCGGCCUUCUCCCUGGUGGAGGACCAGUCGGAGAUCUUGGAUGUCGGCCUUACGGGGCUGCUGGAUGCCACGCGGAUGGCCGGGCCGCAGGCGGCCGCCGUGCGCGCACAGGCAGACCACUUCGCGGCGACCACCCUGCCGGGGUUUGUCACGGUCCAGGCGCCGGUCUUGGCGACGACCUUCACCCAGCUGGCCACCGAUGCCGGGGUUUCCUUGCAGCACCUGGCCGAAUGCCGGUGGAUUGGCCAGGACUCCCUGGCCGCGCGGAACCUCUUCUGUGCCGUGACCCUUGGAGCUCUGGAUGGUCUGUGGCUGUCGCAAAUCCUGUUUGCCGUGUCUGGUGGUGUUUUCAUCGCCGGCAUUGUCAUGGCCUCCAUCCGGUAUUCGCGGCUGGUGGCCGACUACGAAGACAAUGAGGAUGAGCUGGAGCUGGAGGAUGGCCAGGCUGGACCUGGUGGUUCGGGCGCCGGGGAGUCCUACCGGCUCCAAACUCUCCGGCGGAAGAGCGAGUCCAAGAAGCGUCGGAAGCGUCGGCGCAAGCGGUCGCAGCAACGUCGUGCCGCUGCCAAGGCCGAUGAGGCGAUUGCCGGCGGGGCGACCGGCGCCCUGGCCGCCUCGCCGUCCGGCUCGCUGCCGUCCCCCGGCUCCGGGGACCUGUCAGGCGCUUCGGUGUCGGCCGCCGGUCUCGGGGCCAAGGGCGGCAAGUCCGAUGGCGGGCCUGCCCGCGGCCAUGAUUCCUUCUCCUCAUCCUUUGAUGACGAUGACGACGAGGAUGACGAUGACGAUGACGAUGACAGCGACAUUGACCCGACGCGUGGGGCCACCACCGCCUUCGACUUCAGCGACAGCGAGGAUGGCUCUCUCACGGACGUCGAGUUUGAUGGGGACGAGGAGCCGGAGCGCCCGCGGCCACCCUCGGCGGCUGAAACCUUUGCCGUGGCCACCGGCUUGCCCCCUCCGCCGAUCACCAUCACACCGGCCGACGCGUCUUCCUCAUCGGCCGUGAUCAUCGACUUCUCCUCCGACUUGCAGUUGAAUGACAGCAGUGUCGUGGAUCUCCGGUCGCAGGAGGCCGGGGGGUUCCUCUCCAUCAGCACCGGCGGCCCGCCAGGCACGCCGGGCUUCUAUUCGCAUCCUUCCUCCCCGGGGAUCAUGCGCCCCAACACCCCGCUGGCUGGCGGGUUCUUUGAUUUCAGCUCCACCCCGGGCACUGGGCCGCCGACCUGAUGAUGAGGAAGAAGGCGGCACGGCUUCGGCGAUGUGUUGGCCUGCGUUGCGCCCUCCCUUUCUCUCUCUCUCUCU